AUAAAGAUAAACCCUACACACACACACACACAAAUUCACAUCUUGUCUUGAUUUCUUUGUGGGGUUGCUUUGGAGGCAAAGCUAUAAUCUCAAAAAAUGGCUCCUGAGGAAGUUAACAAACCUUCUUCUCUCCCUCCUUACCCUCAGAUGAUAUUUGCUGCAAUUGAUGGAUUGAAACAAAAAGAAGGGUUAAACAAAUCAUCAAUAUCCAACUUCAUAGCAUCAACAUAUGGGGAUUUACCAGCGGGUCAUAACGUUUUAUUAAUGGAACAUUUGAACAGACUAAGACUUCAUGGUGAACUUGUGUUUUUCAAGAAUAACUAUAUGAGACCCGACCCGAAUGCACCGUUGAGACGUGGCAGAGGUCGUCCACCAAAACCCAAGGACCCAUCUGUUGCUGCUGCUGUUGAAGGUGAGAGUGGUUCACAAGUUAAGAGGGGAAGAGGGCGCCCAAAAAAGGACCCAAAUGCCCCAUCAGCUCCAAAGAAGGUUAAGCUGAAGUCAACUACUACCCCUCCUCAGCCAGGAAGUGGCAGGCCAAGAGGGAGACCAAGAAAGGUUCAACCCGAGAUGGCUGGUGUUGUGGAUGCUUAAUAAUUAAGUUAAUUUGUGUUUUUGUUUUUAGUCGGGUUGUGUUUUGUUUGUUUGGAUGGAUGUUAAUUGGGUGGGAUUUGUUGUGUUUUUAAUUUGUAGGGUUAUUAGAACUUUGAUUUAUGUAUACUAGGUAAUUAAUGACUUUGAUUCACAUGAGUAGUGUGAUGUUGCUUUUGUGUUUU